GAAAUACUGCUUCCAUUUGCCCAAACGGAUUUUGCUGGCGUCCUGAAGAGGCUUUUUUCUUUCCCUGGGAAGCAGCAGAAUAAUAUCGCCCAGCCCACGUCCGGCUAUUUCACGGGCAACCUCGGGGGUAAAGGCUCUUCGUCGAGAGGAAAGCAGAGAGGAAAGAGCAGCUUGUCAAGCGUGCUUCACUCGGUGCUUCGUGACCGAAGCAAGAGUGACCACGUAGGCGUAGCUUCUCCGUCCUGCCGUCUGCUCUUUCCUUUCGACUCUUUCCACUCACCUACCUUGCAUGGUUCACCUAGUCCCCACCCUGAUCGACUGCUGGCAUGUGCGGGAUCUGCAGAGAUUUCGCAACGUACUCAAAGGCAUCCCGACGGAAAAGGGCUCUGCAGGCGCCGCGGGUGGUGGCAAAGGUUGCGGCAAAGAUGGCAGCACAGCGACCCAAACUACCCGGAGCGGCUGUGUAAAUGCGAGCGGGUCAAAUGGCGGUGUUGGCGCAGGCCCUUCAUCCUGCGGAGCUGCGCAGUCGUAUCCAUACUCGUCGUACUCCAAGUCCCCAGGCGGAGGCAUGGGGAUCUCAUGGGGGAAUGCAGGACACAUGCCAGUCGGAGGUGGGCCUUGCUCGCCAGCCGAAGUCAACCGACGGGACCAUGCCGGCAGGACGGCGCUCCAUCUCGUCUGUAGCAGCCUGGAGCCGAGCGCGAUCGAGUACUUCAACGCAUUACUAGCGCAUCCUGCCGUCAACGUCAAUCUGCAGGAUCAUGAGAGUGGCUGGACACCGCUCCACCGCGCACUGUACAUUGGCAAUCUGCUCCUCGCACUCCCCUUGUUGCGACGGCAAGACACUGAUCUGCGCGUUAAGGACUUCGAAGGUCUGACGCCUUUCGACCUGUACAACUCGACCGUCUCUGGGACCAACCCAAAAUACGACCCGCAGCUCGGAGGGUCCGACGUGCUGGCGUGGGGCGUCAAUCGGAACUACACGUUGGGCCUCGGAGAUGGGAAUGACAGGCAUCUGCCAGAUCGCGUCAAGCUUGUCCGGGCGGAAGGCGGCGGAUCUAAGACGGCUCCCGCUGGUGACAAUGGCAGCGGCAGCGUGGAGGAAGAUGCUCUCGGUCGCGGUAGCGGUGACGGUGACCCAAACAACAGUCAAACGCCUCCUAGCACAGCAUCGUAUGCUGGCAUGCCUGGCUCACGGUUCGACCGGAUCCGCGUCAGGGACAUAGGGAUGAGCAAGUUGCACACCGUCCUUCUCACCGCCGAGCGUAGCGGCAACGUCUGGGUCUGCGGCAUCGGCAGCAGUGGGCGUCUGGGCCGCGCGACGGGGAUGCAGACCCGUUUCGAACCGCUGCAGGACUUCAGCGAUACUGCGCAGAGCAUUGCCGUUGCGCAGGACCAUACACUCAUCGUCAGCGCUAGCGGUGCGGUCUACUCGUUCGGCCUCAAUCGCUUUUCGCAGCUUGGCUACGUUGUCGAGCACGGCCUUGGCGUUGUCGCGUCCAGCAGCGCGCCGAGCAAGGGCGGUGGAGCGGCGAGCGCUACUUUUGGGGCUGGCGGCAGCGGAAGUAGCGGGUUCGCGGCCUUUGCUGCUAGCGCAGGUGGAGGUACAGGUACAAGUCUAGGUGCCGGUGCAGGCGGUGAGCUGGACACGCAAAUCACACCGCGCAAGGUUGUUGGCGCCCUCAAAAAGGAAUUCAUCCUUGGCGCUGCAGCGAGCAAGAUGCACUCUGUUGUCUUCUCCGCUGAGGGCCUCUUCACGUGGGGGACCAACACCGGUCAGCUCGGCUACGACCGCUAUGCAACACCGGUGCAGAUCGUUCCACGCAAGGUGACCACCAUCUCGCAGGAAAUCAAGCAAGUCGCCGCAACGGAUUUCGCCACCGCGUGUCUCUUCACCAACUGGGAUGUUCUCGUCCUUCACAACGACACCACGCACCGCGUCCAGUUCCCGCUGAACCGCUUCCGCCCCGAGAUCUCGUCCAACAUCUUCCGUCCGCAGCAGGCGCGCCCGAAGCCCAUCAUCAACAAGAUUACCAGCUCCGGAACGACAUUUGCGGCAAUGAGCGACAUGGGCGACCUGUUUACUUUUUCGCUCGACCAUCCGUCUGAGUACAUAAAGAGCGGCUCGGCCACCAGCCUGAAGAACAUCACGCCUAAACCGCAACUCGUCUGGUCUGUCCGCAAGAAGUUCACCGCGGUUAGAGACGUCGCGAUCGCUUCAGACGGAUCUGUCAUCCUCUGUACCGAAUCCGGACAUGUCUUUGUGCGCGCGCGGCGCAACGAUCCUGGCGGCAGUGCCACCGCCCUCAGUGCGGGUGGCGCUGGCGUGAGUGGCGCUACUGCCGCGGGGCGUGAUGGAGCUGGCGCAGGUGCCGGUCUCGGUGCUGGCAGCAGAGGCUCGUCCGGUAAAGGUGGCGGCUUCAAGUUUCACGCAGUGCCGUAUCUGCAGCGGGUCGUCAAGGUGGCUAUGAAUGAGAGCGGCGGGUUCGCAGCAAUCAAAGCGGAUGCUGCUUGCCGCGAGAUCAAGAUUCGCGGUCGGUCCCUGGAGGAAGCGCUGCAGAAUCAGUUGCCGCACCUUCGCUCUUACUCUGAUGGUGAUAUGGAAGAAGGCAUGAGCAUCGCAGCGGACGUGUGCGAUUCAACUGCCGCUGCACGGCCGCCACUGGCGGAUGCUGGCGCGGGAGAGUCAGAGACUGACUCGGACGAAGAGGAAGACCACGGCUCGACUGUCAAGUACGUCAAGAUGGCGCAGCUUCUCGCCGAGGCUGCUCGCAGAUGGGACAAUCCAAGCGAGAGCGGCGUUGUCGUCUACGGUCCGGACAACAUGCGUCCGCCUAAUGGCUGUGACUUGUUCGUCAUCGCUGGUGGUAAAUACAUCCCCGCGCAUCGCAUCAUCCUCACCGCGCGUAUUCCCACGCUCGCAGCGGCGCUCGAAGCACCUGACUCGGCGCAGGCAAAAGCACACUUGCCGCCCGGAGUCAUAGUCGAGGGGCCCACGCCAGGCAUCGUCACGGUCAAGCUGCCGAGUUGCUCGUUCCACGCUGCGCUCUUCCUUCUGCAAUAUAUCUACACUGAUGACUUGCCACCCGUCUGGACCGCUAGCAUCGGCAUGCAAAUCGAGCGACAGUACUCAGCGCUGCGCAUCAGUAGACCGCAAGUUCUCACAGAUCUCAAGGGCGUUGUUGAGCUGCUGCAGCUCUCCACGCUCUCUCUGUCACUCAAUUCGCCCGUCCCGCGCGCACCUACUGCGUCGCUACGCAAAUGCCUUCAGAGCGCGUUCGACAACUAUGUCGAUCGUGAACCACCCGCUGCUUCGGCCAUCCACGAUGUCCGUCUACACUUUAAAGACCGCAUCGUCCCCGCGCACUCGGUCGUGCUGCGGCGCUCGCCGUUCUUCACCGCACUACUUCAUCCAGACUUUUCCUUCGGGAGAUGGGACUCGCACGCGGUGAUUGACGUCGACAUGGGCCCUCUUGAUUGGGCGACGGCUAGCGUGGUUCUGCAGCAUCUAUACGUUGACUCUGGCGUCGAGGUCUUCCGCGGCGCCGAUAAAGACGUAACGCAGGAAGAAUUCAUCGACUUUGUUGUCGAUGUCCUCGUAUCCGCCGACCAUUUGCUGCUAGGCAAACUGUCACUCAUAUGCUCCGCCAUUCUCCGGCGUCGGAUCUGGUCGCGCAACGUUGCGUCCAUUAUGGCGGAUGCCGAUUUUUACCACGCUAAGACGCUCAAGGAGGCCUGCAUGGAUCUCUGCGCGCGCAACUUGGAGCCGUUCUUGGAGAGCGGGCUGCUUGACGAUCUUGAGCACAAAGUUUUGAAGGAUCUGGGGAUUUACAUACGCGCGCGCCAGAACGACCGCAUGCACCGGCAAGCCUCUGUGGACCGUAUAGCAGUGCUAAUGGUCAAGCAUCAGGACUACGUGCGCGAUCUUGACAUCCCCAAACCCUCACUUAACCUCGUCAGUCAGCGUAUGCCCAGACGUCAGCCCAAGUCCCCGGCCGUCGCACCUGUGGACUCGCGGCGACGCGUUCUUGCUUCGAACUUUUCGGCCGCAAGCCCCGACCUGAAACCGUUGACUGUGCUGCCUAACGCGCCAGACUCGGGCCUGAUGUUCGACAUGGACGAUUUUGAGCUGCCAUCGGCCUCAGCAUCAGCCUCACGCUCCACUUUGUCAGGAGCCAUGACUGAUUUGAAGCUCGGAGGUAGCUCGAUGCAGGGUAAGCCGGGUGCAGUACCCUGGGGCGCACGUGCGGUGCUUGCUAAACCGAACGCUGCUUCACCUGGUCUCGACUUGAGGAGCAUCAUGGCUGCAGAACAGAAGAGUACCCCAGGCGCUUCUACCAACAAUUCAGGGGCAGCGACGCCGACGAAGGCCACUGCACAGACCAACGUAAACUUAGCGGAUCUUGGGUCGAUCAGCAUCGCGCCUAAGCUAUCUCAAAAGGAUCGCAAGCGGUCGACCGCGCAGCAAGGCCAAUCAUCAGCGCCCGAAGGCACAACCAUGCAGCCUGCGAGCGCAACAAUUGGGCCCGCCUCGCCGUGGCAACAACGGAUGCAGAGCAAGCCAGCUGCAUCUCCGGCAUGGAAGACCCUGGAUCGCGAAGUCGCUCCAUUGGCUUCUCCGCCUUCCUUUCCAGCUUUCAGCCGUUCUCCGCCGACAGGCGCAUUGACGCCAUCUCCCCUCUUGCGUGCGGUAUCUAAUUCACCAGCAGCCGUGCCUUGCGCCUUUUCGCUCUCAUCAUGGGGCGCCGCCGAAUCUGCAAAUGGAUCUUCAAUGCAAGUUCCAACCUUUACUCCUACACGGAACGGCAGUAGAGGUGCGACGCAACAGCAACGAAGAUUCGGCAGCAAUGAAGGGGGCAAUGCCUGGGCGUCCACCACAACGACUCCUAACACCCCUUCGCUCGCGCUUUGGCCUAGGCCUUCAUCACAAGGUGCCAGCUCUCCAGCAGCUGUAGUUAGUACUACUGCUUCCACGCGUCCAGGAAUGUCGCCUACCACUACAUCUUUCCUCGCGAUCCAAGAGCAACAGCGCAAGGAGGACAGCGCAGCACAGCAAGUCGCGCUCGCCCGCGCCCAUGCAUCGCGCAAGUCGUUUGCGGAAAUUGUAGCGGAGGAGAAAGAAGUCGAGCAGGCACUGGAGCGUCAACGCAAAGAGCAGGAAGAGUUCGAAAAGUGGUUUGCGGAGGAGACUAGACGUGUCAAGUUGCAGGAGAAACGGAACGCCAAGGGAUCGCGCAAAACAAAGGGCAGCGCUGCUGCAGAUGCUGCAGGAGCUGCCGGCUUGAAAAGGUCCGGGUAUGCCGGUCCCGGUGUUCACAUUGAUGUCGCUGCGGGUGCUACACAGUCAGCGAGCGCGGCUGCGCUAGAAAGCUCUGCACCAAUUGGAGAGGACGCGGCGGCUGGUCAUAGCGGCGGUGGUGGUCGAGGACGAGGACGAGGGCGUGGAAGGGGACGUGUUAGAGGGGUCUUGGAAGGACAACGCGGUGGACGCAGCAGAGGGGGCGGUGGAAGCAAUGGCGCCGAUGGUGCUGGCACAAGCGCUCAAGGCCCACCUGGCGCCGCGUGAUCCCUAACCUUGUGACCCUCGAUCCUUACGCAUUUUUGCGCAGACGGCGCGGACAUACCUAGUGCGGUAAUAGACAGGAUCGCUUUGGGUCUUCGGGAAUUUGUGUGCAUCUCCGGUAAUUAGUAUCUAGAUGUAUCU